CCAGGGACUGGCAGGAAUAUAUUCGGGAACUGGGUGCAUUUUGAGUCAUGGCACUGAGAGAGGAGCUGCUGAAGCCCAUAUGGCACGCCUUCUACGCCCUGCAAGUGGGCAAGUCUGGGUGCGUCUCCAAAUCUCAGCUCAAAGUUCUGUCGCACAAUCUCUGCACGUUACUCAACGUCCCACACGAUCCGGUGGCCUUGGAGGAACAUUUCGGGGAUAAUGACUUGGGUCCCGUGUCCAACCAAGGCUACAUGCCCUAUCUCAACAAAUUCAUCCUCGAUAAGGUCCAAGAAGGUUUCGACAAGGUGGAAUUCAAUAGGAUGUGCUGGACUCUGUGCGCAAGGAAACACCUCCCCACGACUCCCCUGUGCAUCAACGACGACAGCGCCUUCAAAGUAUGGGCCAUAUUCAACUACUUGUCUGAAGAAAAGUACCCGCUGCUCAUUGUGCCCGAGGAGAUUGAGUACUUGCUGAAGAAGCUGACAGAAGCCAUGGGAGGAGGUUGGCAGCAGGCCCUGUUCGAGGACUACAAAGUGGCACUGGAUAAGAAACAAAAUGGCCUCUCGGCCUGGGAACUGAUCGAGCUCAUUGGAAGCGGCCAGUUCAGCAAAGGCAUGGACCAUGCCACCGUAUCCAUGGCGAUCAACGAAGUCUUUAACGAGCUCCUUCUGGACAUUCUCAAGCAGGGAUAUUUGUUGAAGAAAGGCCACAAGAGGAAGAACUGGACCGAGCGCUGGUUCGUGCUGAAGCCAAACAUAGUAACGUACUAUUGCAGCGAGGAUCUGAAGGACAAAAAGGGGGAAAUUAUUCUGGAUGAAAACUGCUUGGUGGAGUCGUUGCCAGACAAAGAGGGGAGAAAGUGUCUCUUUGUGGUGAAAUGCCUGGAGAAAAGUUACGAGAUCAGUGCAUCGGAUAAAAAGAAGAAGCAAGAAUGGAUUCAAGCCAUACAGACGGUGGUAAAUCUGCACAAGUUCCAACUCCCUCCGCCACACAAGGAGGCGCGCCAGAAACGCCGGGCUUUGAGGAAGAAAUUACUGGCAGAGCAAGAGGAGAUGGAGAAGAAGAUGAAGGAGCUACAGGUGGCCAAUGAGACCAAGCAGCAAGAGUUAGAAGUCAUGAGGAAGGAGCUGAAGGAGGCGGCGGACCGCGCCAUGGAAGAAGAGCGGAAGCGACAGGAGACGCAAACUCAGUUACAGGACAGGUUCCAAACGGAAAUGGAACGAGAACUCCUGAUCCGCCGGCAAAUGGAAGCCCAGGUAGCACAGAAAUCCAACGAGCUCCAGCAGAACUUGAAUCGGGUGCGGGAGCUGGAGGAGAUGUACCGCAAACUGCAGGAGGCGCUGGAUGAUGAGAAACAAGCGCGACAGGAGGAGGAGAACGCCAGGCUGCACCAAGCACGGCUGCUGGAGGAAGAGGCGGCCAAGAGGGCAAUGCUGGAGAAGCUCCAUAAGGAGCAGGAGACGGCCAUUAAGAUGACGGAGGCAGAGAAGAAGGAGUUGGAGCAGAUCCGGGAGGAGAAGGAGAAGGCCCUGCAGGAGGCGAUGCAGCAGCUGGAGCAGCUGGAGAAGGAGCGGAUUCUGGCGCUGGAGCAGUACCAGCAAGUGUCCAAGAACCUAGAGGAGGCCGCCAGCAAGACCAGAUCUUGGAAAGACAAAGUACUGCAACAUGAAGGGUUAAUGCGAAUAAUACAGCCAGGCUCAAAGAAUCCUGGGCUUGUCACAAACUGGGGGCCCGCGUCCUUCACCCAAGGGGAACUGGAGCAGAGAGAGAAGUCUUGGCAAGAGAAGAGGAGCCCCAGUACGGACUAGCACCCCGGGGUGCCGGCAUGAAGGAUUAGGGUGCAGGACUAACGGUGUGGCUUUAGUGUGUUAACAUCUUCCAGUUUCUGCGUCGCGUCAGUUACGUGAAAUUGUAACUUGUGUUAAUGAGAUCUCAAGCUAACGCCCCACCCCCCGCGGCUCAUUGGGUGGGAAAUAAGCCCCGGUCUGUGACAUCAGAUACCCAGCGUCCAAUCAGGACCACCAGGGCUCUGUCUGGUCACCCCCAAACGACUGAGGUUCCACUAAUUAGUUUAACAUUCCGCCAGCGUCGGCCCCACGGAGAAUUGCGACUAAUUUUAUUACUGAGGUUUUUUUUGUUAUUUUUUAUUCAAACUGAAUUCUAAAAUAAUUGUGUUUUGUGAUAAAUUCCUUCAAUGUAACAAAUUCCGUCUAUAAAAUCAAGUUUCAGUACA